AACCAUAAUUAUGAGCACCGAAGGAUCAUCUAGUAAAGGUGGUAGUAAAAAGGGGACCAAGAAAUUGGAAGAAAUUGGAAUGUCAAUCGGAGGAAGUAAUUCUGUGUAUGACGAUAAUGUUGUCGACGUUUGUGAUGAUAAUAAAGAAGGGGAAGAAGAAGAGGAGGAUAAAUGA